CUCUCUACGCAAGCAUGCAAGGAGAAGCAUUGCCGCCAUUGCUAACAAAAAUAACUACCCCUAUCCCAUUUCAUACUGCAAAACAAAGUUAGUACGCGCUUCUCCGAACGUGUAGUUGUGGUCAACUUAAUCAGUCUACUGUCUCUGCUGGUUAAUUUACGGAAACUACCAUGGAUGACAUGAUAUUUCAACUACGAUUUAGCACUAAGCAACUUGAAAGACUCUCAAAACGCGCCGAGAAGGAAGAGAAGGCCCAGCACGCCAAGAUCAAACGGGCACUACAAAAAGGCAAUGUUGAAGGUGCCCGAAUCUACGCUGAAAACGCCAUACGGAAGAAAAAUGAAAGCCUCAACUACCUCCGUAUGGCUUCAAAAGUGGACGCCGUAUCGUCAAAAAUUCAAUCAGCAAUGGCCAUGAAACAGGUGACGAAAAACAUGGGCGGUGUUGUAAAAGCGCUUGACAAGGCUAUUAAUUCGAUGGACCUCCAGAAGGUGUCUGCCGUCAUGGAAAAGUUUGAACAGCAGUUUGAAGACCUGGAUGUCAGGUCGGCGGUUCUGGACGACGCCAUGGGUAAUGCCACAACUACAACUGCUCCUUUGGCACAAGUUGAUCAGCUGAUUAAGCAAGUUGCUGAAGAGAAUGGGCUGGAAAUGAUUGACCAACUCAACACUGCUGAACUGGCUCCAUCAGACACCGUUGCCACCACAGGUCGUGCACAGGUUGAAGAAGAUGCACUCUCCAGGCGCUUGGCUGCCUUGAGAGAAUGAAUGAAAAUGUGAAAUACACAGAAAAGACUUCUGUC